AUGUCCAUUCAACAAACACCAACCAACGGUUUAACGGGAAAGAUUUCAGGGUUAGAUGUUUCCAACAUGAAAGGAAAAUCAUUAACUGAUAAAUUAGCUGCUGAAGCACAAGCUAAGGAUGACUCGCAAACCAAUUUGAUCGACCAAAAGGUAGAGGUCAAGCGCAUUAAAGAUAUAACACCAAAAGAUGGUAAAAGCGCCGAAGACGUGACUAGAGAAUUAGAAGAAGCAGAAAGAGUCCAUCAAGAGUUCUUGAGCACACAUAAGGCACACCGUCGCCUGUUAAAGAGCUUGGAAAAGGAAGAGCCAUUAUUGAUUGAAAACACACGUCGUUUCGUUUUAUUCCCAAUCAAAUACCACGAGAUCUGGCAAAUGUACAAGAAGGCCGAAGCAUCCUUCUGGACAGCUGAAGAAAUCGAUUUAGGUAAGGACACCCAUGACUGGAACGAAAAAUUGAACAACAACGAAAGAUACUUCAUUUCUAGAAUCUUGGCAUUCUUUGCUGCUUCUGACGGUAUUGUCAACGAGAAUUUGGUUGAAAACUUCUCUGCUGAAGUUCAAGUUCCAGAAGCCAAGUGUUUCUACGGUUUCCAAAUCAUGAUGGAAAACAUCCACUCUGAAACCUACUCGUUACUUAUCGACACAUACAUCAAGGAUCCAAAGGAAGCCGAUUUCUUAUUCAAUGCUAUUGACAACAUCCCAUGUAUCAAGAAGAAGGCUGACUGGGCUUUGAGAUGGAUCAACGAUGAUGAUGCUUUAUUCGGUGAAAGAUUAGUUGCUUUUGCUGCUGUUGAAGGUAUCUUCUUCAGUGGUUCAUUUGCUUCUAUUUUCUGGUUAAAGAAGAGAGGUUUAAUGCCUGGUUUAACCUUCUCUAACGAAUUAAUCUGUCGUGAUGAAGGUUUACACACUGACUUCGCAUGUUUAUUAUUCUCCCACUUACAAAACAGACCAGAUGCUGUUAUCGUUGAAAGAAUUAUUACGGAAGCAGUUACUAUCGAAAAAGAAUUCUUCGUUGACGCUUUACCAAUCUCUUUAUUAGGUAUGAACUGUAACUUAAUGUGUCAAUACGUUGAGUUUGUUGCUGAUAGAUUAUUAGUUGCCUUAGGUAACAAGAAGGUUUACAACGUCACCAACCCAUUCGACUUCAUGGAAAACAUUUCCUUAGCCGGAAAGACCAACUUCUUCGAAAAGAGAGUCAGUGACUACCAAAAGGCUGGUGUCAUGGCAUCAACCACUGACUCAAAAUCAUCAAACUCUUUCUCCUUUGAUGAAGAUUUCUAA